AUAGUGAAAAGCUCUAUGAACAAUGUAGAAGAUGUUUUUGGACUGUCAUCACAGCUUCAGGAGAAUGUGGCAGAGAAUGCAAGCCUGCCACAGCUGUCUGACGGGCUGGACUCUCUGAUGGACCUGGGUGGAAUCGACACAGAUAUUGACUGUGAGGGCUUUCUCAGUGCCUUGAAAUGGUACAAUGAACAGUCUGGCAUUGUCUCUACACACCUGGAGGCCACUGACACGCUGGAAGACCAAGCAAUACAGGUACCUUGUUGUUCACAGGAAACUUUGGAUGCUGAAAAUGAAGCAGGACUGCUGGCCAUCCUUAAUGAGUCCUUUGACAGCAUGGACUCCCCCCUGGGGAUUGUUGGACUGGACCAGCUUGGUCAGAGUGAUGGAGAGCUGUCCUCCCCUGACAGCACAACAGGACCCACCAGGAGGGAUGACAGGGAGACGUCACUGCUUAAAAAAUUGCUGCUGACGCCUCCUAACACGCCGAUGGGAUACAGCAGGGAACCCAUCAGGCUGGAAGAUGUAUUGCUUCACAGGAAAAACCAGCUGGCCAAGUUGGCGUCCAGUUCGAAGACGGAAACUGCCUUCCCGUUCAACACCCCGGCCAACAGUUUGAGUCCUCGGACCAACGACUCGGCGUCUGACUCCACCCCCAGCUCCCCAUGUAAGCACUCCGAGGGUGUCAGUACCAGUGUACAUGAGCAUGAGAAUGGCCAUAAGCACCCUGAGCUGGAGAAGCUCUUGUUGAAUGGCGAGGCUGUGCUGGAGGCCCCCCUGCCUCGCCGAAGACGAGCGUCAGGCCAUGAAAUAGGUAUCGAGGCCACUGACGUCACCAACCUGCUGGAGCAGUUCGAAGAGAAGGCAGAAGGUCCACCAAAGAAAGUGAACGGAAGGAUGCCAUACCUCAGACCUAACCUCCAGGCAAGUUCAAAGCUGGCUGCCCUUGUGACUGCCAAUGGGAUGUCCCUGGAUAAAUCCAGGAGAACAACUGACCGUUUGAGGGCUUUAAUCAGCAGUACAAGGAAAGGAGCCAUUCUUACCGAUCCACUGCCGAAAAAGACUAGGAAUCACCAGUCUUCCGCAAAGUCUUCCAGGGGGAAGUCUACAGACCAUCUCAAGAACCCAAAAUCUCCCAAGUCCAUCAAGUCCAAAGGCAAGAAGGUCGUCAGUAAGAAGAGGAGGACUUCAUGUGACUCUCAAAAGAGCCGCAGUGAUGACUCGGGGACGGACAGCCGGUCCAGUGACAGCCUCCUGCAGCUGUCCGCCUCCAGCGACCUGAAAAAUGGCGACAGCGCCCUCUUCCUGGAUCACGACUACUGCCACUCGUACCUGGUCCAGCAGGUGCAAGGGGACACGAGAUGCCGAUGUAGACACCGCUCACAACCCGAGCAGUCCAGUAGCAAGUCUGAUGUCACUGGAGACACCAACACAGCGUCUGAAGGCCAGUCCUUGUUGCAAGACAUGUGUGUCCCCAUCGCAGAUUGUAAGCUGGAGAAUAGCACUGAAGGAGAAGACCUUCUGUCCCUACCGGUCAACGGAAAAAAAUCAGAUACCCAGAUAACAGACCAGGAAGCCAAUGAAUUAGAAACAACAUCCCAAGUGGAGAAAGACACCAAGCAAUCUUUAGGUGAAGCAAAGCCUGAUGCAGAAAAAACUCAGCAAGAGCUAGAAGCAGAAAUGGAGGAAGGGGAGCUCCCAGCAUCGGAUGAGGAGCCUGGCUUCUUCUCCAAGCUUCCACCUUACAUAAGCAGUGGUAAGAUCAUGCCCACUCCUACGGCCAGCCGGGAGAACUCUCGACCCUCUUCACCUGUGGAGGAACAGCCGUCGGCUGCAGCCUCAAUGGAGCAGGAAGAGGAUGGCAGCUUUUUCUCACGACUACCCGGCUACAUGGAAAGUGGCAAAGUGUUCAUUCCUCCUGAAGCAAAUAAAGAAAACUCUAAAGCUGACAGCUUACCGCGUGAGUCAGACAUGGACAUGAGUGAGGAGGAAGAUGAUGAUGCAGAGCACUACUCACGUCUUCCAGAGUAUUAUCAACCUACAACUGUGAAAAGUAGGACUUGUUCUCCAUCUUCAGAUCGUGAAGAAAACAGGAGACGGAAAAGUUCAACAGACAGAAUGAGAAACUGUAGGACUAAGGAUGUUCUGAAGGAAAAUUCAAAGCAUCGGUCCAGGUCUCGCUCUCGAUCACAUUCUCACUCUAGGUCACAUUCUAGAUCUCAUUCCAGAUCGUCUAGAAGAUCAAGGACUAGGUCCCAUUCAAGGUCACGCUCUCGGUCAAGGUCACCGUAUUGGUCGCGUUCACACCCCAGACAUUCCAGCAGGCUGCGCCGUAGCAAGCGGUCUUCACAGGACGAACGUGAAUACCUGCGACAGGAACAACUGUGGAGACAACGGGAGCAAGAGAUGAAACUGGAAGAGAAGAAAAAGAAAAUUGAGGAGAGACGUGUGGUGUACGUGGGGAAGAUCCGGGUAGGAACCACCAAAGGGGAACUUCGCAGGCGUUUCCAAAGGUUUGGGCCGAUCGAAGAAGUCAGUGUUCACUUCAGGGAUGCAGGGGACAACUAUGGCUUUGUUACCUACAAGUACACCUGUGAUGCAUUUGCUGCAAUAGAAGAGGGAAAUCAGGACCUGGGUCCCCGUGAGCCUGUGUAUGACCUGUGCUUCGGAGGCCGGAGGCAGUUCUGUCAAACUGACUAUGCUGAUUUAGACUCCUACCAUGGUUCCACGACUACGGGGAGGCAAGGUGGUCGUAGCAGUGGUGGUAAAUUCGACGCAAUGGACUACGGAGAACUACUGCGCCAAGCACAGAAGAAAUCCUCCCGGGGCAAAAGAUGACAUGGCCUUUCUUCCCUUUCACCCCAGAGGUCAAAGGACAUGUUCCCUCCCAUGGUGUUUCAGGUGUGUUCUCCAGCCAGUAUCCCCAAAUACCAGAGGCCACUCAAGACCUGAGACCAACCACGUUGCAGAAUUGACUUGAAAUGGAACAUAGAUGUAAUACAGACGUGUUUGCAGCUCGAAAUGGUCUGCAGAUUGGAUGGUUCAGAACAAUCGCCAGAUGUACUGAGAGGGGGGACUGUAGCUGUCAAGUCACUGUCACAGAUUUAGUCAAUGGGGGUUUGUUCUUGGCCAUGUGCAUCAUACAGUGACAAAGAGCACAUGUACAUUGUAACUUGUAUACCCUACAUGAUUCAGACUGUAGACAAUGGAAGAAUCUGAAUUCAGUUUAAGUGUGUGAACCAAAAGACAGGUGUGAAAACUCAGUCAAAGCAGGGACGUGAACACAGCUGCAGCUGAAAAGACCAGGGCACCAAAACAGUCUGAUCACAGGGACUUAAAUCUGUUAGUCUCCAAGAACUGCUACAAAUGCAAGGGGCUCACUGUAGAAAGGCUACCAAGGAGAGGUUGUUACUGAACUGACCUUCAAGAGUUAAGGUUGUUGGUGAAUAUGUGUUACUGAAACCUACAGAGAUUAUUCUGUAUGUCUUUCAUAAUGCCAUGCCUAUGUAUAGUAUAAGAAAUAGCAAUGUCGUCCUUCUCGUGCUGAUGAUCUGGCAGAUAUGAUUUAUUGAUUUUGUUUCUGUUUUUUGCUUGUUUUGUCAUGUUAUACAUACAAAUGCAGUAUGUAAGGUGACUAUGAAUUAUGUUAUACUAUGUAUACUAUUAUAUAACGUACUCUCCUUGCUAAUUGGACAAUAGUACAUGAUUUGUAACAGUAACAAGGGUAGGCAGCAGGGAGAAGUAGAAAUGUAAGACCAAGCAUUGUUGUAAAUGCUUGAUAUUUUAGUUUUCCCUCCAUUAUUGGAACGAAGAUAAGACUAGCAUCCAGAUACCUGUUUACAACUGAUUUAUAAUGUGCCUUGCAUAGAAAAUGAGUAAAAAAAAUUCUUAAGACAGGAGCAGCUAGAGUAAAGCAGGUUGAAUGGGACAGCUCAUGAAGGUCGUUGUGGAUUUGUGUGAUCCUUAUGAAGAUGGUGGAGAGACAGCAGCUCCACGUAUAACUAUCUCUUGUAAAUGUAAGUCUAAUGCUGCCUGACUAGAGGCAGAAAACUGUUUCAGUUGGAAUAUGACUCUCCUGAUAUUACUGACAUGUUUUGACCCCUAUUGUGGAGAAUGUACAUCAAAGGAAUUUUACUAGCAAAUAACAAUCAUUUGCUUGGCUAUUCUCAGAGAGUAAAGGUAAAACCAUAGCUUUCCCUUGAGCCCAAGCAAGACUGUUGUAUGGAUGCCCCGCUGUGAUGGGUGUGAUAAACAACAACAAAGAAAAGAGAUGAAAAUUUCAAAGAGAGAGAGAGACUUUCUUGUAGUGAUAGAUUCACGAAUAUGCUCAAUUUUAACAUUGCGAUUUGGUAAUUGGUGACUUUAUCCUUGUCUGAGUAUGAGGCAAGUAUCUAAUGAAAUGCCAGAGAUAUCAUUCCAAACCUGUGUCUCUGCAGCAUGGCAUGUACACCUUGAAUCAGUUUUGAUACUAAUUUUUUUUCUAAUUUGGAUGGCUGAAGUUGGAAUGUAACGUUUUCCUCUAUGCAUGCAUUUUGAUAAAGUCUUGAAUGAAGUUGAUUUUGUUUCUUUUGAGUGAUAAACUGAGCGUUGUAAUGUGGAGUAGUAUUGUAUAAAAGAUGGUGAAUCAGUACUCCAGUAUAGAUAAGCUGAAUCGAUAGUUUACUUUUGUAAAGAGCUAUAGAGGAAUUUAUGAGAUUGUCGGUAUAGUUAGAACUGACAUAGGAAUGCAUCUACCUGGAGAAGUAAAAUGCAGUUGCAAGGCUGCUAGCUUAUAGCUGUGUUUAUGAUGAGCAGAGUCUAACUUCAGUUGUAAACAGAUGGACCUGUAGGGGCCAUUGCUAAUAAAAGGGAUCUCUGGUUGAUUUCUAAUCCAA